AUAAAUUUAAAAUGAUGGAAAUUGGCCAAAAGGACGGGGGUAGUAAUACCUAUGCCCUCGAACCUAGAGAAGACAAAAGGUUCUACCCUUCAAAGGUAAAAGAAGAGAUCAAGAAAGCUAUUGAUGAAACCAUGAAGGACAAAGAAUACAAUCAUAAAGAGGCCGAAAAAUUGUCUAUAGAAAUUUCAAAUAGAAUUAGAGACAAUGUCAAAAAUUUGAGCAUUGACUCUUACAAGAUUGUCGUUCAAACCGUCAUUGGAGAGAUCGGAGGCCAAGGUGUCAGGAUAGCCUCUAAAUCACUCUGGGAUGAUAAGAAUGAUAACUGGGCUUCAUACACUUUCUCAAAUCACAGUUUGUUCUGCACAGGAAUGGUAUUUGGAAUCUACUACGAAUAAAGAAUGCUUAUCAGCUUAAGAGCACUCUUCCCUU